GGCCGUCUUCUCCGCUCUCCCUGCCGGUCGCCUUCUCUUCUCCCCGUCUCCAUCCCCGCGAGCCCAAACCAAACCCCUGCUAGGGUUUUCGCUCCGGGCAUGCUCCCGUCCUAACAGCCACCUCCUAUGGCCCUACUCCACUUAUCCCGGCCAUGACAGCCGCCGCUGCCGGCCUCCUCCUCAACCGCCGCAAGCGCCACCUCGAAUGACUCCUCUCUGCCCCGCCACUUCCACGGCCCACAGCGCCACAGCCGCCUAAGCUAGCGCCUCCGCCGCUGGGCCUUCUUCCCGCUCCCACCGGAGGCGAGGUCCUUAGUAUUCGACAUGGGAAACUACGUCUCCGGCCUCUUUGGCGGCCGGCCCAAGGAUGAUGGGCUGGGGGUGUACAGGAGUUGGUUCGAUGCGUCGCGGGAUCUCACGGUGGUCACGAAGGAGGAGACGGGGACGACGUCACACCUGGUGAACCGGAGAUUCCGGGUGCAAGUGGGAAAAAGGUUACCGUUCUACAAGGAGGCGCAUGAGGGGACGAGAGAGUUCGACAGGAGGUUGGAAGAAUUAGGGUCCGAGGUGAAGCUCGAAGAGGAGAAACUUGCUGAGCUACGGAAGUCAGACAAAGCUCCCAAUGAGGAUCUAUCUGAACUCUUUAAACCUCUCACUGCUGAGGAGGAAAAUGAAGUCUGUGAUUGUUUGUACAGUAGUGGUCCGAGUAGCAAAGUCCUGGUGUUGCAUGAAUUUUCUAACAUUGAGGUUACCAAAGAGAAACUCUGGUGCUUGAGACCCAGUGGCUGGUUAAAUGAUGAGGUCAUUAACCUCUACCUUGAAUUGUUGAAGGAGAGGGAAAAAAGAGAACCGAAAAGGUUUUUGAAAUGCCAUUUCUUUAAUACAUUCUUUUAUAAGAAGCUUGCUUGUGGAAAAAAUGGGUAUGACUACAAAUCUGUUAAAAGAUGGACUACCCGCAGGAAGUUGGGUUAUGAGCUCAUUGAAUGCGAUAAAAUCUUUGUCCCUGUGCAUAAAGAUAUACAUUGGUGUUUAGCAAUCAUAAACAUGAAGGAAAAUACAUUUCAAUAUCUUGAUUCUCUCAGCGGCACGGAUCAUAAUGUACCAAGAGUACUGGUAAGCAUGACUGAUUUGUCUUGCUCCCAGAAUAAAAUUCCAGCUCGAUAUAUUGCAGAGGAAGUGAAGGACAAAAGUAACAAAGUGAUCGACACUGGUUCUUGGCAUGAAGAACUAGAUGAUUGUAUUCCUUUACAACAGAAUGAGUGGGACUGCGGUAUGUUUAUGCUCAAAUACAUUGAUUUCCACAGCAGAGGAUUGAACCUGUCGUUCAGUCAGGAACACAUGGAAUAUUUUCGGAUGAGAACAGCAAAGGAGAUCUUAAGAUUAAGAGCUGACUGACUGAUGGAUACCCUCAUUUUGGAAUAGAAGCUGAUUCUUUUCGUUUUAUUUUUUGGAAUUAGAAUAUAAGUUGAUCAAGGCAUGGCAAUAUUCAUUAUUGGGCAUCGUUCUAACCUGUAAAUCCGUUCUUGGAUGUUUCUGGCGAAGAUAGGAUCAUAUGUUCUCGAGAAACUGGAUGAUUGUGAUAUGAAGCUGAUGCAUCCAUGAUGUAAAUGCUACCAAUUUUCUGUAAAGCUUUCUUGUCUAGGGAUUUGGGUGGUAGAAAUAGCAGGGCAAAAUUAGAUGCUGCUAUACUGUUAUUGUUUAAUACUAAUUCGGGCUAGGAUUUUUUCC